UCGUGCGGCGAGGCAGAAAUUUUCAUUCAUUUGGCGCGGGACAAUGUCACGGAAGCAGCAGCAGAAGGGGGCCCUCGAGUCCAACACAUUUUACAACUUUGUUCGGUUUAAAGUGGUGCCUCCCCUCUUUCUUCUGCUCUUCACGGGGGCAGUGCAAGUUUUAGUGUCCAUCGGAAGGGGCCAGUCCCCGUGCCCGCUAGACUUGAAUCAGUGCAAGAGUAUUUGCGGCAAUGCAUUUGCUUGGAAAUUUGUCACAUUUUCAAUUUUCUGGGCCAUGGUGGGCCUGUGGGUGCCUGGGAAAACCUUUAUCGGCCCUGCCACUCCGGAAGGUUAUCGACCUCCGUACAAAGCCAAUGGCUUUCUUUACUACACUGUAACAAGCAUAUCUUUCAUACUCGUUCAGUUAAUUUUUCCAGACCUACCUCAUCUCAUUUAUGAGAACGUGCCAGAAAUUUUGGGCUGCUUCAACAUCGUGGCAUUUGCAUUGUGCGUAUGGCUUCUGUUUGAUGGUAGAAGAAAGAAAAAGUCGCGUAAUCCUCUGCUCUACGAUUUUUAUCGCGGUUGCGAAUUACAUCCGAAGCUCUUCGGGUGCGACGUCAAGCAACUAACAAACUGCCGCAUUGGCCUCAUGCUAUGGCAGGUGCUGGUAAUUGCCUUCGUGUUGACGCAAUGGCGGAACGGAGACGGAGUUGCAGGUGCAAUGACCUCUGCAAUUCUGCAGACCAUCUACCUGGCCAAGUUCUUUCAUUGGGAAACAGGCUAUUUCAACACCCUCGACAUAACCUACGACCGCGCCGGCUAUUACUUGUGCUGGGGCUGCCUAGUUUGGGUGCCAGUCCUGUACACCUUCCACUCGUACCACCAGGUUGCCUUUCCUUCAACAAUGAGCACCGGCACUGCCAAUGUGGCAUUGUUGCUCGGCAUAGCCUGCGUCCUUGUCAACUACCGAAUAGACUACGAAAAACAGGUAUUUGCAACGUGGUGGAAUUCAAAAGAGCGGAAGGCGGGCAAAGGCAGUGACAGUAGGCCUCGUCUGUGGAGUCGUCCCGUCAGUUUCAUCCCCGCCCCGUACGUGGACGCGACAGGCGCGGCUCGAGAAAGUGCCCUUCUAACCUCAGGUUGCUGGGGAGUCGCUCGGCACGGAAAUUACACAUUCGAACUGCUCUGCACGUUUUUCUGGACAGUGCCCGCUGCCUUCGGACACGGACCCAUUCCGUCCAUGCUUUACUUCUUCUUCUUGCUCGCCCUUUUGGUGCACCGAGUCUAUCGAGACGAGGACAAGUGCCAGGCAAAGUACGGCCCUGCCUGGCAUAAAUACACAAAAGCUGUUCCUUACAGAAUGAUUCCUUUCAUUUAUUGAUUUUUUUUAUAAAUUUGUAAAUUUUUAUUUUGUUUUUUAUAAAAAUGACAAUAAAAAAUAUAAAAUUUUAAUGUCCUUAAUUAUCAUUAUAAUACUUUUUCAAGUUAAAUUGAAGUAAAGAAUUGUGAUUGA